AUGAAGUUCUCUGUAGACGUGCUCGGGGUGUUUUUGAAAAUCGUUAUUAGGAUAAACAAGGAGCAGUUCGCGCCUCUCGUGGUAUCAACAUUGUUCAUCCUCCUGACCUCGAUAUUAGCGCACUGCGCGCGACGCCUGGUGCAAAGCUUGGUUCGGGAUCCCUUCGUGAGACUUCUCUGUGAAGAGGCGAUAGCUGCUGCCGAGCUAUGCGGCUGUUGCUUUGAACUUAUAGUUGUUGCGGAUAAUUUCGGCGUAGCGACCUACGCGGUGUACUUGUUCGCGCUGACCAUCUGGUGGUCGCUCAAUUGGGGGGAGGCGACGGCUUGUCCUUACACCCACAUCGAAGAUGUCAUAGAAGGGAGGGGUGACGUACGAAAGGCCCUGAUGAAGACGUGGGCGGAGCUGGGAGGAGGAAUGCUCGUAUUCAAGUACGUGCAGAUGUACUGGGCGCUCGAAAUCGCAGACACGCACAAAGACAAGGCUGUAGAGGACUGUUCCGCAGACUUACAGGUACCGGUAUUAUACGGCGCUCUGGUAGAAGGUAUAGCCACGUGCUUAUGCAGGUUGGCUUCCAGAGCUCUGGGGGACAUCAAUCCACGGUUUGCGACCGGCAUCGAUGCUUUCGUGGGGACAUCACUAGUUGUUGCCGCCUUCGACUACUCGGGAGGUUACUUCAACCCAGUGCUGGCGACGUCGCUGAAGGCCGGUUGUCACGGACACACCCUGUCUGAGUUCGCAACCGUCUACUGGGCCGGAGCCUGCGCCGGGUCGAUACUAUCUGUUUACUUGUACAAGCUGCGGGCGGUGCAGGAGUACGUACGAGGAACUACAGAAGUGAACGGAGACAGCAUUUGGGCUGGAAAGGAAGACUAG